AUGUUAGGCCUGCUCGCUCUGUGCGAUUUGGUUACGUUCAUACUCGCCGAAUCAAUAUCGCGUAAACCGACGUAUUCGGAUAUGUUCGCCCGAACUAAAAUGCUGCCAUUGGCUGCGGCCGCCUACAGCAACUCGCCGGAAUUGUGCCUCGCAAAUCGGUUCACUAACGCUACCUUAAAAAGUCAAGUGAAUUCAACAUGUGGUCCUACGGCGAGCCAAGAGUUAUGUUCCGGAUUUACGGCAGUAAUUCAUGAUGACGGAGCGAUUGCAAUCAGUUUCAGAGGUACUGAGGAUUAUAGCCAACUCAUUGCUGAGGCCGAUCAAAGUUUGUUUGAUAGGCAGAUCUCAUGGAUCGCUGGUGGGAAAGUGUCAAAGUACUUUUUCGACGCUUUCAAGUACUUGUGGGAUGCUGGUAUGGGGAGCGACUUCGAUGAGCUGAGAUCAAUAUAUCCAACGUAUGAAAUUUGGGUGACAGGACAUUCUCUCGGAGGAGCACUAGCGUCACUAGCUGCCUCUUACAUAAUUGACGUCGAGCAGGUCCCAGCCGCUACCAUCAAACUGGUCACUUUUGGACAGCCUCGAACUGGUAACGCCUUCUAUGAAGCCGACAUGGGUAUCGGUGCCAACUAUACCGUAUGCUAUGCCAAUGAAAGUAGAAAGUGUAGCGAUGGAUUGGACUACGCCACUUCAAUCCAGGAUCACCUCAACUACUUUGACGUUCAUGUCAGUAUCUAUGGAAUCAACGGCUGUAACACGACUAUGGAUGCAACGACUGAACCCUAG